CUCUCUAUGGUGCGGCCGGGUCGGUGGCGGUAAGGAGAAAAAAGGGAGGCCGCACUGCGCAGGCGCUCUUGGCUCUCGCUCGCUCGCGCGCGCUCUCUCUCGCUCUUUUUUUUUUUUUUUUUUUAAUCCUCGCACCAAGUGCUUAACCUCAUUGGGGUGGAGGAGAAGGCGGCGGCUGUCUGGUCCGCAGCGGCAACAGUAGCGAAUGAUGGGGCUAAUGGACUGCUGAAUUAUGAAGUAUUUCAGACCCAAUAGUAGAAUGUCACUCUGCCACUCACUCCUUUAUCUCCUACUAGUUAUUUAAAUUGGACUUUUAAUAUCCUACCAGCUGCUCUUCAGACACACAUGGUGCAUUGUUGCCAUUCCCCGGAUUGCAUCUUUGAAACACAGGCUCUUAGUAACCUUCAGCGAACAAAGAGGCAACCUCUCAGAUACUUCUACUGGGAGGAAGUCAUCCUGACUGCCCUCUAGCUUUUGGUGAAUCUGGAUUUGAAUUCCAUCAUGGAGCCUCGCAUGGAGUCCUGCCUGGCACAGGUGUUGCAGAAGGAUGUGGGGAAACGACUGCAGGUUGGCCAAGAACUUAUAGACUAUUUCUCAGAUAAACAGAAGUCUGCUGACCUUGAACAUGACCAGACCAUGUUAGAUAAACUUGUGGAUGGACUCGCUACCUCUUGGGUGAAUUCUAGCAAUUACAAGGUGGUUCUUCUGGGCAUGGACAUCCUGUCCGCCUUAGUGACCCGGCUGCAGGAUCGGUUCAAGGCGCAGAUCGGCACAGUGCUGCCAAGUCUAAUAGACAGACUAGGAGAUGCUAAAGACUCUGUGAGGGAGCAAGACCAAACUCUGCUGCUAAAGAUCAUGGAUCAAGCUGCUAAUCCCCAGUAUGUAUGGGACAGAAUGCUUGGAGGCUUCAAACACAAGAAUUUCCGCACUCGAGAAGGCAUCUGUCUCUGCCUUAUUGCAACACUCAAUGCCUCUGGAGCACAUACUUUAACACUAAGCAAGAUCGUGCCACAUAUAUGCAACUUACUUGGAGAUCCAAAUAGUCAGGUUCGAGAUGCAGCAAUAAACAGCUUAGUGGAAAUUUACAGACAUGUAGGAGAACGUGUGAGGGCAGAUCUCAGUAAGAAAGGAUUGCCACAAUCCCGGUUGAAUGUAAUUUUUACAAAAUUUGAUGAAGUCCAGAAAUCCGGGAACAUGAUACAGUCUGCAAAUGAUAAAAAUUUUGAUGAUGAAGAUUCUGUGGAUGGUAAUAGACCUUCCUCUGCUAGUUCUACAUCGUCCAAGGCUCUGCCAAGCUCACGGAGGAAUGUUGGAAUGGGGACCACCCGCCGGCUUGGAUCAUCCUCUCUUGGAUCCAAGUCUUCAGCUGCAAAAGAAGGAGCUGGUGCCGUGGAUGAAGAGGACUUUAUUAAAGCAUUUGAUGAUGUACCUGUAGUACAGAUUUAUUCCAGCCGAGACCUUGAGGAAUCCAUAAACAAAAUUAGGGAAAUAUUAUCUGAUGACAAGCAUGAUUGGGAGCAGAGAGUAAAUGCUCUUAAAAAGAUUAGAUCUUUACUUUUGGCUGGUGCUGCUGAGUAUGAUAACUUCUUUCAACAUUUACGUCUUUUGGAUGGAGCCUUUAAACUCUCUGCUAAGGAUCUGCGGUCUCAGGUAGUGCGGGAGGCUUGUAUCACGCUGGGGCAUUUGUCAUCAGUUCUGGGGAAUAAGUUUGACCAUGGAGCUGAAGCCAUUAUGCCAACUAUCUUUAAUUUAAUUCCAAACAGUGCCAAAAUUAUGGCCACUUCUGGUGUUGUAGCUGUUAGGUUAAUCAUUCGGCACACACACAUCCCUAGGCUAAUACCUGUCAUAACAAGCAACUGUACCUCUAAGUCUGUUGCAGUUAGAAGGCGCUGUUUUGAAUUUUUAGAUUUGCUUUUACAAGAGUGGCAGACACAUUCACUGGAACGACACAUAUCAGUAUUAGCUGAAACAAUAAAGAAGGGAAUACAUGAUGCCGAUUCUGAAGCAAGGAUAGAAGCCAGAAAAUGUUAUUGGGGUUUCCACAGUCACUUCAGCAGAGAAGCAGAGCAUUUAUACCACACCUUGGAGUCGUCCUACCAGAAAGCCCUGCAGUCCCAUCUGAAGAACUCAGACAGCAUAGUGUCUCUGCCUCAAUCCGACCGCUCGUCUUCUAGCUCUCAAGAGAGUCUGAAUCGGCCGCUCUCUGCCAAAAGAAGUCCUACCGGAAGUACCACAUCCAGAGCUUCCACAGUUAGUACCAAAUCUGUGUCAACAACUGGGUCCCUCCAGCGGUCUCGAAGUGAUAUUGACGUGAAUGCAGCAGCCAGUGCCAAAUCUAAAGUCUCCUCGUCUUCAGGCGGGACACCUUUCAGCUCUGCCGCAGCUUUGCCUCCAGGGUCGUAUGCAUCCUUAGGUCGCAUCCGCACGAGAAGGCAAAGCUCUGGGAGUGCCACCAACGUCUCCUCUACACCCUCUGAUAGUCGGGGCCGCAGCCGUGCUAAAGUUGUUUCACAGUCCCAGCCUGGCAGCCGGUCAAGUUCCCCAGGAAAAUUGUUGGGAAGUGGUUAUGGUGGACUUGCUGGGAGUUCCUCGAGAGGCCCACCUGUGACACCGUCUUCAGAAAAGCGAAGCAAGAUUCCCAGGAGUCAGGGAUGUAGCCGAGAAACAAGUCCAAACCGAAUAGGAUUAGCACGGAGCAGCCGUAUCCCUCGACCCAGCAUGAGUCAGGGGUGCAGCCGCAAUACCAGCCGUGAGAGCAGCCGAGAUACAAGCCCUGCUCGGGGCUUUCCUCCACUUGACCGGUUUGGGCUUGGCCAGCCAGGAAGAAUACCUGGUUCUGUGAAUGCCAUGCGAGUUUUGAGCACAAGUACAGAUCUGGAAGCUGCUGUUGCUGAUGCUUUGAAGAAGCCUGUGAGGAGGAGAUAUGAGCCGUAUGGGAUGUAUUCUGACGAUGAUGCCAACAGUGAUGCCUCGAGUGUUUGCUCUGAGCGCUCGUACGGCUCCAGGAACGGGGGCAUUCCCCAUUAUCUGCGGCAGACCGAGGAUGUAGCAGAAGUUCUCAACCACUGUGCUAGUUCAAACUGGUCAGAGAGGAAAGAAGGGCUUCUGGGCCUGCAGAACUUACUGAAGAGCCAAAGAACACUGAGUCGAGUAGAAUUGAAAAGAUUGUGUGAGAUCUUCACCCGGAUGUUUGCUGACCCACACAGCAAGGUUUUCAGUAUGUUUUUGGAGACUCUUGUGGAUUUUAUAAUAAUUCAUAAGGAUGACUUGCAAGACUGGCUUUUUGUUCUUCUCACACAAUUACUUAAGAAAAUGGGAGCAGAUUUACUUGGAUCUGUGCAAGCAAAAGUUCAGAAGGCUCUAGAUGUCACAAGGGACUCUUUUCCAUUUGAUCAACAGUUUAACAUUUUGAUGAGAUUUAUUGUGGAUCAAACUCAAACUCCAAACCUCAAGGUUAAAGUUGCAAUCCUGAAAUACAUUGAGUCUCUGGCUAGACAGAUGGAUCCAACAGAUUUUGUAAACUCUAGUGAGACAAGGCUUGCUGUUUCUCGAAUCAUAACCUGGACGACAGAACCAAAGAGUUCAGACGUGAGAAAGGCAGCACAAAUUGUGUUGAUCUCUCUGUUUGAAUUGAAUACUCCUGAAUUUACCAUGUUACUUGGUGCCUUGCCAAAAACAUUCCAGGAUGGUGCCACCAAACUCCUGCAUAACCACCUCAAGAAUUCCAGUAACACCAGUGUGGGCUCUCCAAGCAAUACGAUUGGCAGGACGCCCUCCCGACACACCAGCAGCAGGACUAGCCCCCUGACCUCACCCACCAACUGCUCUCAUGGGGGUCUCUCUCCAAGCAUGCUGGACUAUGAUACAGAGAACCUGAACUCUGAAGAAAUCUAUAGUUCUCUGCGUGGAGUUACAGAAGCCAUUGAAAAGUUUAGUUUUCGAAGUCAAGAGGAUCUGAAUGAGCCAAUUAAACGAGAUGGCAAAAAGGACAGUGAUAUUGUGUCCCGCGAUGGGGGCGCGGCCUCCCCCGCCACCGAGGGCCGGGGCGGCAGUGAAGUGGAAGGAGGCAGGACGGCGCUGGACAACAAGACCUCCCUCCUCAACACCCAGCCUCCGCGCGCCUUCCCGGGGCCGCGGGCGCGAGACUACAACCCGUAUCCCUACUCGGACACCAUCAACACCUAUGACAAGACAGCCCUCAAGGAGGCCGUGUUCGACGACGACAUGGAGCAGCUUCGAGACGUGCCCAUCGACCAUUCUGACCUGGUGGCUGACCUCCUGAAGGAGCUGUCCAACCACAACGAGCGGGUGGAGGAAAGGAAGGGCGCCCUGCUGGAGCUGCUCAAGAUCACGCGGGAGGACAGCCUGGGCGUCUGGGAGGAGCACUUCAAGACCAUUCUGCUCCUGCUGCUGGAGACCCUCGGAGACAAAGAUCAUUCAAUUCGAGCACUAGCAUUGAGAGUUCUGCGGGAAAUUCUGAGAAACCAGCCAGCAAGAUUUAAAAACUAUGCCGAGCUGACGAUCAUGAAGACUCUGGAAGCCCACAAAGACUCCCACAAGGAGGUGGUGAGAGCUGCCGAGGAGGCUGCGUCCACGCUGGCCAGCUCCAUCCACCCGGAGCAGUGCAUCAAGGUGCUCUGCCCCAUCAUCCAGACGGCCGACUACCCCAUCAACCUCGCCGCCAUCAAGAUGCAGACCAAAGUCGUCGAGAGGAUCGCCAAGGAGUCCUUGCUGCAGCUCCUCGCUGACAUCAUCCCGGGCUUGCUGCAGGGUUAUGAUAACACCGAGAGCAGUGUGCGGAAGGCCAGCGUGUUUUGCUUAGUGGCAAUUUAUUCCGUAAUCGGAGAAGAUCUGAAACCUCACCUUGCACAGCUCACAGGGAGCAAGAUGAAGCUACUAAACUUAUAUAUAAAGAGGGCUCAGACCACAAACAGCAACAGCAGCUCCUCCUCUGACGUCUCCACGCACAGCUAAUGGCAGCGCCACUCUCUUGCGUAGACCUAGAAGCAAUCGGUGGUGCCUCUCAGAGACCUCUCCCCACCCCGUCAUCGGCUGCCCAGUCCGUGCAAGGAGGCCCGCAAAUAUUUAUUACAAUCAGUAUUUUGGUCCCUUCCAGCUUUUGUGUAGAAUCUUACUGGUAUUGAAUGUAAAGGAAGCAAGGCCUGUGUUGCAGUCUUCACACAAAACAAAAGGAAUCAGAGAAGAAAAGAGCCAUAUGAAACAGGUCUCGUACGCUGCUGAGAUCAGAAACCGUGCGGGCACAGUUCAAUCAGAGCUCUCUGGCCACUACUUGGUAGAAAGUAGCAUUUUUUUCCAGUUAAUAACAGAUUUGGGGGGUGGGUGUUACUUUGUGUUCCUCCUUCUUAGCUUAUUUUCUCGUGAGUGUGGUCUGUGUGGGGCAAAGCCAGCCCCUUUCGCAGCCGGCACCGUGAAGGGGGUUGUAUGUCUCUAAGUUGUGUUUUAAGACCUACUAAAAAUGGGAAUCAAGUCUUGGCAAGAAAAGGAGAAAAGCCUGCAGAUGGCCUUUUAACAAACACUGGGAAUUUCACUUGUCCUGUCCAGACGGAGGCCAGCUUGCCCUCGCUUUUAGGAUAGAAUCAGGUGUGCACCCUCUUAGUCUCCCUCCAGCCCCCUGAACCACGCCACAGAGAAGCCCCGUACCCCAGAGCUUUCGUGCAAAAGAAUCCUUCACAUUUAAUUCCAGACACAAAAAUAAGGUAAAUUUAUGGCAUCAUUUAGGGAUGCAUGAAAUGGCAUUUCACAAGGCACAGAAGAUAGAAGAGAAGUAGUCUGUUUUACUACUAAGAUCUUGGGGAAACACUGUUGUAUCGGGGAUUCUGCCAGGACCCUUGUCCUCGAGGGUACUUGGUGACUCAGAUGUAGCACGAUCUUUCUUCUCCCUGCAAGCUUUGCCUAAGCUGUUCAGUUCUGAAAUGUUCUCAGUUGAUCUGGUCAAUGGUGGCUUUACCAUCUCAGUUUUGACUCCUCUGUUUAAUUUGGGAUUAAGAACAAAGAAAAGUAUAGAGAGACCAGCCAUCAGAAUCAUUUUUUAAAUUAUUUUAUAAACCAAAGUACUUCCUUGAUUGUUGAAAUAGUCAUUGUUUAAGGAAAAAGUAAUUAUGAUACAUGGCAGAUUGCAGAAAAAUAGGAUUUGAAACACUUUAAAAAAAAAAAGAAACCUACUUUUAGAGUCUGUUUCCUUUCCUUACACAGAGAACCACCAGGCCCCGUUUUUUAGUCUCUAAGGGUCUGAUUACUCUAAUAAAAGCAGCUGUAGAUUUAGAGUCUGGUUGAAUAAGUGUUGAGUAAAAUUCCCAAGCCAAAUGGAAAUUAUUAUUACAAUCAUGACCACUUCUAUUGUCUCCUACUGUUCUAUUUUAGAUCUUCUAAAUUGAACUGAUUUUUCCAUGAGGAAAAGCUUCUUUUGAUGUUAAUUUUAAGGAGAUAUUUGCUGUCCAGUGCAGAGUCCGCUGCAGUUGCUAGGACGAUGGCAGAGGCUGGGGAGCCCGAGUGUGGUUCUCGCUGCUGAUUUCCACAGACCCCCCCCCUGCUCUGACCCUCUAGAUUAGAUGUGGGAAGUUGUGAAAGACAUACUUGGACACAUUUGGAAAUGAGCACUGAAAAUGAAGGUCCCCGUGAAGCCCAGGAACGGUGAAGCCAGGGUGCGGUCACUACUGUGUGUGUGCGUGUGUGUGUGCACGAGUGUGGGGGAGUCUUACACAUGUGCAGUGCCCCACGGCUACUGUUUAGGGAACUUCAGGGGUACAUGUUAAGUGGUCAGAUAUUAGUGACUGACUUUGGCUCAAAGCUAGCAGGGCCAGGCCUUACUUUCGUUGAUAAAUUUUGUUUGUUAAUAUUUCAUUAAUAAUAGUUCCUUUUUAUACUCUACAAGUGAGUCUGGGCGUCUUCUGGUCACUCUGUUGUGGGAACGUGCAUCUGGCCAGGCUGUUCAUGAGUUCCUGUGUGUAUGCCGACUGCGGUUAGGAACACUGUCCCCUUGAGCUCUCUGACUCCCGAAAGGUCGGUCACCCAGUCCCCGGUGUUGUUGGGAAGGAUCUCGAGCAUUGCCUGAUGUCCUCACAGUACUCACAAAGGGCUAGCCUCGAAUGUCCCUCGCCCAGUCUUCAGUGUCCCGACUUAGAGAGAGAUACAAUCACUUCACAGAUCUCUUGGCCUUGAUCUGAAAACCGCUGCCCGCCGCACCGAGGAGACUCGCAUGCCGCCACCACCUCACUGGGACGGCAGCUGUGCCCACUGCCGCCUCCCGAACCUGACAGCUGCAGCUGCCUUGCCUUGUGCGCCUCCCUGCAGGGCCCCCGUCCGACGACACAACCGAACGCAAACGAGCGAAGCACCCGAAACUGUUUGCCUCCCCCGUCUACCUGGCUGGAGGGCCCUGAAACCCCCUCGCCCGCUGCCAGGGGGCCGGUUGGUCUGACUUGCUUCCUUCGAGCUGCUGCCUCCCUCUCAGCCAGGGUCUGGGCGGGGUGCGGCCGGUCCCCGGGCACGCGGCUCCUUCUGGCACUGUGCGUGUCCCCGGCCCUGCGCCCGCCGCGGCCUGCCUUUUCUACGCGCCUCACCCGCUUCCACCCUGUGCAGGUAAUGCAACCAGUUUUAUCUCAUGACUCUUUUUCUUUCCCUGCCACCCUUUAUUUAUCAAGUAUAAUGUUACACUUUAAAGGACAGCAAAUAAGAACUUUGUAGAAUCCCACCAGGACUUUGCUAACAAUAAUGUUUGGAAAUGAAAACAGAAAUGCUGUGAAAAAUAUCAGCCACCAAAAUAGUUUUGUUGGAGCUGUGUUCACACGCAUGGUCCCCACACCCCCAGGUUGGGUGGGUUUUUUUUGUUCUUUGGGUUUUUUUGGGCUUUUUCAUGUUACAUUCAUAUCUGUAUUUAUAUCUUAUUUGUUUCACUUUCAAGUGUAUCAUGGCAAAUGUACAGAUUUUUUUUGUUAAUAAUGUGCUAGGAUUUGCUAAAAAAGAAAACAACAAAAAAAACCUUUUGAGUUUGCCCUAGAAUAAAUGAGACUUUAAUUCA